AAUCAAUCAGGUGAAAGCGACUUCGGAAUUAUCGCGCGACAGAGCGAUAAGUUUAACGACUGAUUAGUUAACCAGAGGCGACCGUCGAGGUGAAAGUUCACGCAGCUCCAAAAUGUCAGCAAAGGCAGUCAAGUCCAGCAAACCCGCGUCCAAGGAGCCGUCGGCGGUCACCAAGCUCUACCUGUUCGCCUACAACGCCGGGCAGGUGGUCGGAUGGAGUUACAUCCUUUGGCAGCUGGUUAACUACUACUUGCUGCAGGGACCCGAGUUCCGGGCAAAGGUCACGCUGUGGGAGUACACGCGGCUGGCCGUGAUCAUCUUCCAGAAUGCCGCCUUCGUCGAGAUCCUCAAUGCGUCCUUUGGUCUGGUCAAGUCCAAUCCGGUGGUCACCGGCUUCCAGGUGUUCAGCCGCAUGAUGGUGGUGGUUGGUGUAGUGAUGGCCACGCCGACAGGGAAAGUGUCGCCCGGUCUGCCCAUCGCCCUGCUGGCCUGGGCCAUCACAGAGAUCAUCCGAUAUGGAUACUACGCCCUGAACAUCGUCAAGGUGGUGCCCCAUUUCGUGGUGUUCCUGCGGUACACCACCUUCAUUGCCCUGUAUCCCAUUGGCGUGACCGGGGAGCUGCUCUGCUUCUGGUGGGCCCAGAGCUACGCCCGUGAAAACAGCGUGUGGAGCGUGGUUAUGCCCAACCAGUGGAACGCCACCUUCUCCUACUUCGGGUUCCUGUGGAUCGUCAUGCUGGGCUACAUCCCCAUCUUCCCUCAGCUGUACCUGCACAUGUUCGCCCAGCGUCGCAAGAUCCUCGGCGGCGGUGCAAGCGGAGCACCCAAAAAGAAGGCCAACUGAACCUUGACCAGCGGCGAAUGCAAAUUAUUGCAUCAUUUGCAUAUCUUUGGCCGUCGCACUUUGGAGCCGUUUUUGCUUUUUGGGGUCUCUCUUGCCUCACCUCUUACACAAGCACAUUCGUUCGGACAAAGCUUAGUUUUAAGUGGUUUUGUGUACAAAUAAACCUAGAUACUCUUCCAACUAA